GCACACACCUCUCUGUCUCUCACACACAAGCUUCUUGUUGCCUUCUUCCCUCUUAUACGCCUUUUCUCAUAUAUUUUGACUACUCUGAAUUGCUCUUUACGGGUACAACAAAAGUAUCUCUAGAGCGAUAUGUGUUGGCCACCUCAUAAACAAGAGAAUUCAGUUAAGGAUAUCUAAGGAAAGCUAUGGAGAUCAUUUACCAGCCUCAUAUUGAUCAUGAAUUGCAAUAUCUCAUUGAAAGAAUUUAUCCUCCCAGGGUUUGUGUAGACAAUGAUACGUGUGAAAAUUGUACUCUUAUAAAGGUUGACAGUGCAAACAAGCAUGGGAUUUUGCUAGCCAUGGUCCAGGUUUUGACAGAUCUUGACCUUGUUAUUUCAAAGUCGUACAUUUCCUCCGACGGUGGAUGGUUCAUGGACGUGUUUCAUGUGACGGACCAGCUCGGGAACAAACUAACUGACGAAAGACUCAUACUUUAUAUUAAACAGGCACUUUGUGAAACUAGAAGAGGCGGGAAUUCCCCUUCUGAAGAGGUAAAUGCAUUUCUUGGAAGAGACGUAAUGCCCGGUCAAAAGGACACGGCCCUAGAGAUGACAGGGACGGACCGGCCUGGUCUAAUGUCCGAAAUUUCGGCGGUACUCGUUGAGCUGGGCUGCAAUGUCACGGCGACCAUGGCCUGGACUCACAACUCAAGAGCGGCGUGCAUUGUCUACGUGGAAAAUGGUCCUGGAGGUGGGCCCAUAACGGACCCGAUUCGGCUGGCCCAAGUGCAGGAGCAGCUCCAAAACGUGGUGGAGGCCCAUCAUGGGAAGGGGGAAAAGAGGAGCGUGAGGUUGACCACCCCGGCCCCCGGGCGGACCCACACCGAGCGGCGGUUGCACCAGUUGAUGUAUGAGGACGGGGACUACGAGCGGUGUCGGGGCUGCGAUGGUGGUGGCACGACACACAAGCAGGGUUGUGAUAGGACGCACGUGACCAUAGAGAGGUGUGAAGAGAAGGGGUAUUGGAUUGUCAAUGUGAGGAGUAGAGACAGGCCCAAACUGCUAUUUGACACAGUGUGUGCUCUUGCGGACUUAGAAUACGUGGUGUCCCAUGCAGUAGUUGCCUCGAAGGGAACAAUUGCUGAUCAGGAGUACUUUAUACGACACAAAUAUGGCUGUCCCUUGGACACAGAGAGCGAGAGGCGCAAGCUUAUCCUAUGUCUGAUUGCUGCAAUAGAGCGGAGGAUCUCACAUGGAUUGAGACUGGACCUGUGCUCUCCAAACCAGAUGGGACUCUUUUCGGACAUCACGCGAGUGUUUCGUGAGAAUGGCCUAUCCAUGUCGAGAAUUGAGAUAACAACACGGGAUGAUAAAGCGUUCGGGUCAAUUUACGUCACAGAUGCUUCGGGGAAUGAUGUGGAUCCAGAAACAGUGGAAUUGGCAAUCACAGAGAUCGGAGGAUCCAUCAUCGCAGUUCACAGGUCACCGGAUUGGGUUCCUCGUCGUUCAUCUCCAAGUACAAGCCCCGAAAUAGCCAAGAGAGAGGUUGAAGAUAGGCCAAGAUUUUCAUUCGGAAGCUUGUUCUGGUCUCAGCUUGAGCGGCUUUCGAGCAGUUUCAGACCCAUAAGGUCUUGAGGAGGCCCCUAA